ACCUCUCGAGCUCUCCGGCGAAACCAAAGACGAUUCGUACCAACUCCGGCCAAAUCCUUCAUCGUUUGAUUUUUCUUAGUAAUUCAUGAGAUUUCUUCGUGUGUGAGAUAGAGAUGAAUUGGGAUCGAGGUGAAAUCAAACCAUGUAAAAGCCCUCUCUUCGACCCAAAUCGGCUUCAUCGUUUCUCGGCGAUCCCUCCUUCGCCUGGACUUUCGAGGCCGAUUGCUCAGCUGGGAUUACUUCAAUCGUUGCUUCCAUUGUAUAGUGCGGUGGCUUCUGCUAGAUUGACUUCGUGCCUGGGUGCAUGUAACUAGGGGUGGAGUCGUGGGUUUAGGAAAAUGGCAAUGAGUCUGUGAAGUACAACGGGAAUGAUGAACAAUGUGGUGGAAGCAGUUGAAGCCAUCUUACUCUUCCGGAAGGCGAUUGCCUUUACAUUCUAAGGUACAGAAAAUUGAAAGCCGAACACGUGAACAAAAAAGCAAAACAGAGGGAAGAGCAUGGAAACCAGUUUCUAUUGGUUUGCAAAAGAAGGUGGUGGGACUGCAUCGCAUUGCCAGAAGAUGUUGAUCUUUCUGAUGAAGGAGCCUUCAGGAUGCAAAUAAAGAAUCUUGCAUAUACGGUUUUGUCUUGGAGUGUCAUGGACAACCUGUGAAGUUGUAAUCUGAAACGGUGGGUUGUCAUGGACAGGUAAAGUGAAGUGAAGCUGUUUUGGUGUGAAGAGUGAAGCUACUUUGUUGUCUUCUGAAUUGUUUUUUUGUCAUUCACAUGUAAAGUGAAGUGAAGGUGGGUUGGUGUCUUCUGAAGAGCUUUGGUCUCGUCUGUAACAGUUAAAUGUCUUGUGAAGCUUUUUUGUGUCGUGUGUUGUGCUUGCUAGUCUUGUGAACUUAUUUUGGUGUCAUCUAAGUCACUGGAUGUAACCCGUGUAGUGGUUACAAUAAACCCGUGAAGUGCUUUGUUUUUUUUUUGUCAACUAGUAGGUCUGUUCUAUAUAUUUCCCAUCUUCUACUCAGUCCUCUCAUUCUCAGCCUUUAUUUCAGUUUAAAUCCCACAAAUCGAGUGUCUUUGUAAAAUAACAUUCUCAGCCUUUAUUUCAGUUUAUUUCAGUUUUUCACAUUCGCAUGUCUAUUUGAUUAUAAUCUUUCUUUUCCUCAGUUUUUAACAAAUACAAGUCAAAACACCCAAUUGUAGUAAACCCAAAAGCAAAACCCAAAAUCAUUACCUAAGUCUCAAAAAAGUUUUAAAAAAACAUCUCAAACCGCCUUACACCAAAACAAGAUGUCAAAUUCGAGCUAUGAUGAAGAGAUGGAGGAAGAGGUUGAUGAAAUGAUAGAGGAGGAAGUUGACAACAUUGUUGAGGAGAUUCAACACCAUUACAUUCAUACAGAAGAUGUACCAUCUCCAAUAUUCAGAAGAAAUUACGUUGAUAGAGAUCGGGAAGGAGGCCACAUUCAGUUAUGGAAUGAUUACUUUAGUGAAUCUCCAACUUACACUAACGCUAUGUUCCGCCGACGGUUUAGAAUGAAUAAACCGUUAUUCAUGCGUAUUGUUAAUAUUAUGGAGAAUGGAGUCCCGUACUUCGUCCAAAGACGAGAUGCAACUGGAAGACUCGGUCUUUCCGCGCUUCAAAAAUGUACGGCAGCGAUUCGGAUGAUGGCAUACGGAUGUGCGGCAGAUGCUGUGGAUGAGUAUUUACGUCUUGCUGAAACCACUGCGCACAAAUGCCUUGAAGCUUUUGUAGACGGAGUAAUAACUUUUUUUGGAGAUGAGUACCUCCGAAGGCCUACGGCAGAAGACCUCCAACGAUUAUUGAAUAUUGGAGAACAUCGCGGAUUUCCCGGAAUGGUAGGGAGCAUAGACUGUAUGCAUUGGGAGUGGAAAAAUUGUCCAACAGCAUGGAAAGGACAAUAUUCACGUGGAUCUGGAAAACCGACAAUCGUACUAGAGGCAGUGGCAUCUCAAGAUUUAUGGAUUUGGCACGCAUUUUUCGGACCACCAGGUACAUUAAAUGAUAUAAAUGUUUUGGACCGCUCACCAGUGUUUAAUGAUAUAGUUGAAGGUCGAGCUCCAAGAGUUACCUAUGUUGUCAAUGGACGACAAUACAAAAUGGCGUAUUACCUCACCGACGGUAUCUAUCCCAAAUGGGCUGCUUUCAUCCAAUCAAUUACACUUCCACAAGGUCAGAAAAACCAACUCUUUGCUGAACGUCAAGAAUCAUGUCGAAAAGAUGUAGAGCGUGCAUUUGGAGUCUUGCAAGCUCGUUUUGCAAUAGUCAAGAAUCCCGCCCUUUUUUGGGAUAAGAAAAAAAUCGGAAAAAUAAUGAGAGCAUGUAUCAUAUUGCACAACAUGAUUGUGGAAGACGAACGACAUGAAUACGGUUUUUACAAUCCCUCGGAGUUCUAUCAAGAAGAAGGAAGCGGUACUUCACAUGUGGACUUAUCGUAUUCUACAGAUAUGCCAUCGAAUCUCACUAAUAUGAUGGGCAUUCGAAAUGACGUUCGUGAUACGAAAAUGCAUGAACGUCUAAAAAAAGAUUUGGUUGAGCAUCUUUGGCAAAAAUUCGGCUCAUCCCAACAAUAAAACCAUGUUCGUUUCUUUUCUCAAUUCCCAUUUACUCUUUUGCAAUUUAUGUACGUCUUUUUAAAUGUUUGUAUAAUAUGUUUCCAAUUAUGGAUUAUGUAAAAUAUGUUUCUUUAUUUCUAAUGUAAUAUAUGUAAUUUUAAUUUUUCCAAUUUAGUA